AUGAAGAUAAAAGGAAGCCAACAUGCUCUCAAAUGGGCAGCUGAUCAUCUUGUCUUCAAAGGACAAACUAUCAUCCUCCUCCAUGUUCUUCAAGAACAAACAAUAGUGCACCGUGAUCUGAAACCAGGAAACGUUUUGAUUUACCAGAACUACCUAAGCAAACUAGUCCCUGAAGUUGCAGAAAACGUCACUCAGUGCCAUGUCACGACAACUGCUGGUACUUUAUACCAUAUUGACCCGGAGUACCAACAAGCAGGAAUGCUUGGUGUGAAUUACCAACAAGCAGUAAUGCUUGGUGUGAAGCCAGAUGUCUACUCCUUUGGUAUCUUGCUUCUCGAGCUGCUCACAGCGAAAAGACCUACUAGUUUGGCUUAUAACGUUGAGCAAGCGAUGGACCAAGGGACAUUCAAGGAUAUGUUAGACUCAGCAGUUCAUAAAUGGCAAGCUUUGUCUUUGGCAAAGGUUGCGCUUAAAUAUGCACAGCUGAGUAGGAAAGACCGACCAGACCUAGGGAAAUAA